AUGGCGGGUGCACCACCACCUGGAUUUAUGGGCCCCCCACCUGGAUUCCGUGACGGCGGGUCGCAGAGGCCAACAGGCACUCUAGACGAGCCUGGGAAGCUUACGCCAGAGCAACUUGCGUCGAAAGCGCGCAAGUGGAAGCAGAGCCAGAGUCGGAAGUAUGGAGACCGUCGUGGUAAAACUGCUUUUGUUGAUACCGGUAAACAGGAGCUCCCGCCUGAGCAUGUGCGCAAGAUUAUCAAGGACCACGGCGACAUGAGUAACCGCAAAUUCCGCGCAGAGAAACGUGUGCACCUUGGUGCGCUCAAGUACGUGCCACAUGCGAUGAUGAAGCUUUUGGAAAACAUUCCCAUGCCGUGGGAGCAGGUGCGGGAAGUGCCGGUGUUGUAUCAUGUCACGGGCGCGAUUACGUUUGUGAAUGAAACGCCGCGUGUGAUCGAGCCCAUUUACCAUGCACAAUGGGCCACUAUGUGGCUGGCCAUGCGUCGUGAAAAACGCGAUCGCCGCCACUUUAAGCGCAUUCGCUUCCCUCCUUUUGACGACGAGGAGCCACCUAUUGACUACAGCGACAAUAUUCUGGGCGUCGAGCCGCUGGAGCCAGUGCAGCUCGAGCUAGAUGAGGAAGAGGAUGCGCCGAUCAAUGCAUGGCUUUACGACAACAAGCCAUUGGCCAAUGAUCUGCGAUACGUCAACGGCACCUCGUACCGCUCCUUCCACUUGGAUCUGCCGCAAAUGUCGGCGCUCUACCGUCUGGGACGCACGCUUCUAAGUGACUUUACCAGCGGUGAUCGCAACUACUUUUACCUAUUUGAUAACAAGUCGUUCUACACCGCCAAGGCACUGAAUGUAGCAAUUCCAGGUGGACCCAAGUUUGAGCCCCUGCACAAGGAAUUGGAGGGCUACGACGACGACUGGAACGAGUUUAACGAUGUCCGCAAGGUUAUCAUCCGCCAGCAGAUUCGCACAGAGUACAAGGUUGCCUUUCCGCAUUUGUACAACAGUCGCCCGCGCUCUGUGCAUAUGGGCACGUACCACGAGCCGAAGAACAUGUAUGUGCGCACCGACGACCCAGACCUUCCUGCCUUUUACUUUGAUCCUUCCCUCCAUCCUAUCUCGAGCCGCACGCUCGGUUCGAGCCACAUGUUCCGUAAUCACUACGACGAUGGCGAGCCUGUGCUCAGCCAUGAGGACGAGGUGUUUGGCGACGGUAUCGAUGGCGACGAGCAGCUCCCGGAUUCGCUCGCAUUUACACUCCCCGAUAAUGUCGAGCCUUACUUGGAGCAUGCACCGCUGGAAAAUGAGUUGACUGCCGACGCCAUUGCGCUUUGGUGGGCGCCGCCGCCGUACAGUCGACGCAGUGGACAAACGCGCAGGGCUGUGGACGUGCCGCUAAUCAAAGGAUGGUACCUCGAGCAUGCGCCGCCCGGCCUCCCUGUCAAGGUGCGCGUCAGCUACCAAAAGCUGCUGAAAAAGUACGUGCACAACACGCUGCAUACCAAGCCGUACAAGCCCCAAACGAAAAAGUACCUUUUCCGCCAGUUGAAAGCGACAAAGUUUUUCCAGACCACUCACCUGGAUUGGCUCGAAGCAGGUCUUCAAGUCGUGCGGCAAAGCUUCAAUAUGCUGAACCUCUUGAUUCAUCGCAAGGGUCUCACCUACUUGCACUUGGACUACAACAUGAACUUGAAGCCGGUGAAAACACUCACGACCAAGGAGCGCAAAAAGUCGCGCUUCGGUAACGCCUUUCAUCUAGUGCGCGAAUUGGCGCGCAUGACAAAGCUGAUUGUGGAUGCGCAUGUGCAGUUCCGCCUUGGCAACUGCGACGCAUACCAGCUUGCAGAUGGGUUGCAGUAUUUGCUGAACCACGUUGGUCAGCUCACCGGCAUUUACCGAUACAAGUACAAGGUCAUGCACCAGAUCCGCGCGUGCAAAGACUUGAAGCACGUCAUUUACUACCGGUUCAACUCUGGCCCUGUGGGAAAAGGACCGGGUGUCGGUUUCUGGGGCCCUUCGUGGCGCGUGUGGAUCUUUUUUAUGCGUGGAAUUACGCCGCUCCUCGAGCGAUGGCUUGGUAACCUUCUCGCGCGCCAGUUUGAAGGGCGCAAUGGGCGUUCGGGUGGCAAGUCUGUGACCAAGCAGCGUGUCGAAUCGCACUUUGACCUCGAAUUGCGCGCCGCUGUCAUGCACGAUCUGCUCGAUAUGAUGCCCGAAGGCGUCAAGCAGAACAAGACCAAGACGAUCCUCCAGCACCUUACCGAAGCAUGGCGGUGCUGGAAAGCAAACGUGCCCUGGAAGGUGCCAGGCAUGCCCUCCGCGAUUGAGAACAUCAUUCUUCGGUAUGUCAAGGCCAAGAGCGACUGGUGGACCUCUGUCGCGCACUAUAAUCGCGAACGUAUACGCCGCGGCGCCACUGUGGAUAAGACGGUCAGCCGCAAGAACUUGGGACGUCUUACGCGCCUCUAUCUUAAAGCCGAACAGGAGCGGCAAAACGCCUACCUGAAAGACGGCCCGUAUAUAACCAGCGAAGCCGCCGUUGCUAUUUACACGACCACCGUCCACUGGCUCGAAAGCCGACGUUUCCAGCCGAUUCCUUUCCCCUCGCUCAACUUUAAGCACGAUACCAAACUCCUCGUCCUCGCUCUCGAGAAGCUAAAGGAGUCGUACAGCGUCCAGGCUCGCUUGAACCAGACGCAGCGUGAGGAGCUUGCGCUGAUCGAGCAAGCGUUUGACAAUCCCCAUGAAACGCUUGCGCGCAUCAAGCGACUGAUGCUUACGCAGCGCGCUUUCAAAGAGGUCGGGCUCGAGUUCUUUGAUACGUUUGCCAAGCUUGUGCCCACCUACGACAUCGAGCCCAUGGAAAAGGUGACGGAUGCAUACUUGGACCAGUACCUUGCCUACGAGUCCGACAAGCGCGGCCUCUUUCCCCCAUGGAUCAAGCCCAGCGACCAGGAGCCGCCGCCACUGCUUGUGUACAAAUGGGCUAAUGGCGUCAACAACCUCGACGGUGUGUGGGAUACCGCUGAAGGCCAGUGCAAUGUCCUGAUGGAGACGACGCUGAGCAAGGUGUACGAAAAAGUAGACAUUACCUUGCUCAACCGCCUCCUGCGUCUGAUCAUGGACCACAACCUUGCCGACUACAUCACUGCCAAGAACAAUGUGUCGAUUGUGUGGAAAGACAUGGCGCAUGUGAAUGCCUAUGGGCUCAUUCGAGGGCUGCAGUUCUCUGGCUUUGUCUUCCAGUACUAUGGCCUCAUCCUCGACUUGCUCAUCCUUGGCUUGAAGCGUGCGAGCGAGAUGGCAGGGCCGCCGAAAAUGCCGAAUGGCUACCUUCAGUACCAAGACACGAGCGUACAGACGUGCCAUCCAGUGCGUCUCUACACGCGCUACAUUGACCGUAUCUAUCUCUUGUAUCGCUUCACCGCGGACGAAGCGCGCGAUCUCAUCCAGCGCUACCUGAGCGCCAACCCCGACCCGAACAACAGCAAUUUGAUCGGGUACAACAACAAGAAAUGCUGGCCCCGGGACGCCCGAAUGCGGCUCAAUAAGCACGAUGUGAAUCUUGGGCGUGCCGUGUUCUGGACGGUAAAGAAUAGCUUGCCGCGCAGCCUCACGACGAUCGAAUGGGACGAUACGUUUGUGAGUGUGUUUAGCAAGGACAACCCCAACCUGCUCUUCUCCAUGCUUGGCUUCGAAGUGCGCAUCCUGCCCAAGUGCCGCCAAGACGACAUGACCGAGCAGCGCGAUGGAGUGUGGUCGCUCGUGCAGGCGUCUACAGGCGAACGCACCGCGUCUGCCUUUUUGCGUGUCUCGGACGAAGGCAUCCAAAGUUUUCACAACCGCGUGCGCCAAGUAUUAAUGUCUGCGGGCGCCUCGCCGUUCAGCAAAAUUAUCAAUAAAUGGAACACGACGCUGAUCGGACUCAUGACCUACUACCGCGAGGCAGUCAUCCACACCAACGAGCUCCUCGAUCUCUUGGUGAAGAGCGAAAACAAGGUGCAAACGCGCGUCAAGAUUGGGCUGAACAGCAAGAUGCCCUCGCGUUUUCCUCCUGUCGUCUUCUACAGCCCCAAAGAGCUUGGUGGCCUGGGUAUGCUGAGCAUGGGCCACGUCCUUAUUCCCCAAUCGGACCUGCGCUGGUCCAGGCAAACAGACACGGGCAUCUCACACUUCCGCAGCGGCAUGAGCCACGACGAGGAUCAGCUCAUUCCCAAUCUCUACCGCUACAUCCAGAGCUGGGAGUCCGAGUUCCUCGACAGCUCGCGCAUUUGGUCCGAGUAUGCAAACAAGCGCCGAGAGGCCAAUGCACAGAACCGCCGCUUGACCCUCGAGGACUUGGAGGAUUCAUGGGACCGCGGCAUUCCACGCAUCAACACCCUCUUCCAGAAAGACCGCACCAUUUUGUCGUACGACAAAAUGUGGCGCGUGCGGAAUGAAUUUAAGCAGUACCAGCUGCUCAAGUACAAUCCAUUCUGGUGGACCUCUCAGCGCCACGACGGCAAACUCUGGCAGUUGAACCAGUACCGCACCGACAUCAUCGCGGCCUUGGGCGGUGUAGAGUCCUGCUUGGAGCACACGCUCUUCAAGGGCUGUAACUUCCCCACCUGGGAGGGUCUCUUUUGGGAGAAGGCCUCGGGUUUUGAGGACUCGAUGAAGAACAAGAAGCUCACCAAUGCGCAGCGCUCCGGUCUCUCUCAGAUCCCCAACCGCCGCUUUACGCUUUGGUGGAGCCCUACGAUCAACCGUGCGAAUGUCUAUGUUGGUUUCCAAGUCCAGCUGGAUCUCACUGGCAUUUUCAUGCACGGCAAGAUCCCCACGCUGAAAAUCUCGCUCAUCCAGCUUUUCCGCGCGCACUUGUGGCAAAAGAUUCACGAGAGCGUCGUGAUGGAUCUGUGCCAAGUGUUUGACCAGGAGCUUGAGGCGCUCCAGAUUGAAACGGUGCAAAAAGAAACGAUCCACCCGCGCAAGUCGUACCGCAUGAAUGCAUCUGCUGCCGAUGCGGUGCUGUUUGCGAGCUACAAGUGGCCCAUGUCUUCUCCUUCCCUCCUCACCGAUUCACGCGAUCUCAUGGACGGUUCCAGCGGCAACAAGUGGUGGUUUGACGUCCAGCUGCGCUGGGGCGACUUUGAUUCGCACGAUAUCGAGCGCUACUGCCGCGCCAAGUACCUUGACUACACCUCGGACAAUACAUCCAUCUAUCCGUCGCCCAGCGGCGUGCUCAUUGGUAUUGACCUUGCCUACAAUAUGCACUCGGCGUACGGCACGUAUAUUCCCGGCGCAAAGCCACUCUUGCAGCAGGCGAUGAGCAAGAUCAUGAAGGCGAAUCCCGCCUUGUAUGUGCUGCGCGAGCGCAUCCGAAAAAGUCUGCAGCUCUACAGCUCGGAGCCCACAGAGCCCUACUUGAAUUCGGGCAACUACGCGGAGCUCUUUAGCAACCAGGUGAUUUGGAUGAUUGACGAUACGAACGUGUAUCGCGUCACAAUCCACCGCACCUUUGAAGGCAACCUCGUCACCAAGCCCAUCAAUGGCGCCAUCUUUGUCUUGAACCCGCGCACCGGCCAGCUCUUUUUGAAGAUUAUCCACACGUCGGUAUGGGCGGGCCAGAAACGGCUGGGGCAGCUGGCCAAGUGGAAAACGGCGGAGGAAGUCGCUGCGUUGAUCCGGUCCCUCCCCGUCGAGGAGCAGCCAAAGCAAGUGAUUGUCACGCGCAAAGGCAUGCUCGAUCCGCUCGAGGUGCACUUGCUCGACUUUCCCAACAUUGUCAUCAAAGGCUCCCAGCUCCAGCUUCCUUUCCAGGCGCUGCUCAAGCUGGAAAAGUUUGGCGAUUUGAUCUUGCGUGCAACGCAGCCGCAAAUGGUGCUGUACUCGCUGUACGACGACUGGCUCAAGAGCAUCUCAUCCUACACUGCCUUUUCGCGCUGUAUCCUUUUGCUGCGUGCGCUGCAUGUGAACCAGGAAAAGACCAAGGUGGUCUUGCGCCCCAGCGUCAAUACCAUCACACAGCCGCACCACAUUUGGCCCUCCUUCUCAGACGACGAAUGGAUCAAGGUCGAAAUUGCGCUGCGCGACCUCAUCCUCCAGGACUACGGCAGGCGCAACCAGGUCGCGGUAGCAAGUCUUACUUCGAGCGAAAUCCGCGACAUUAUCCUCGGUAUGGACAUUGCCUCGCCUUCGCAGCAGCGCCAGCAAAUGGCAGAGAUCGAGCAGAACGAGGCACAGCAGCAAGUAACCGCGACCCAAACACGCACCGUCAAUGUCCACGGCGACGAAAUCCAAACGGUGACCACGACGCAGUACGAGAACAAGGUGUUUAGCUCCAAGAGCGACUGGCGCGUGCGCGCACUCAGCGCCACGAAUCUGCCGCUUCGUGUGCAGCAUUUGUACGUCUCCAACGACGAUGUGCGCGAGGAUGUGGGCGCGCUGACCUACGUCUUUCCCAAGAACAUCCUCAAAACAUUUGUCGUCCAGGCAGAUUUGCGCACGCAAGUCGUCGGCCUCUUGUACGGCGCUUCGCCGCAAGAUGUGCCGGCCGUGAAAGAGAUCAGGCUGAUUGUGUGGGUGCCCCAGCGCGGUACAAACAGCGGCGUGGAGCUGCCCAACGACUUGCCCACGCACGAGUACAUGCUCAAGGACCUCGAGCCCCUCGGCUGGGUCAAGACGCAGGCACAGGACACCACGUCUCUCCUGCCCCAGGACGUGGUGACGCACGCCAAGAUGAUGGCGGCGCACGCCGAGUGGGGCGCAAACAGUAUCUGCGUCGCUGCGUCCUUCACUCCGGGCUCGGUGAGCCUUGCGGCGUAUGCACUCAGCGUCUCUGGCUUUGAGUGGGGCCGCAAGGCCAAUGCCGUCGAUGCGGCGGGCCAAGCACCAGGGUUCAGCCCCAGUAUGGUGGACAAGGUACAGCUGUUGCUCAGCGACCGCAUCCUCGGCACGACCCUGGCGCCCACCCAAGGCACCUGGAACUACGGCCUCUCCCUCUCUGCGCAGUGGACGCCCACGAUGCAGUACGCCGUGCAGCUUGCGCCUCCCGCUGCGUUUUGGGACGAGGUGCACCGCCCGCAAAACUUUUUGACGUUUGCCGGCGACGUUCCAGACGACGACGGGGGGGCAGACUGGCAAGAUGCACUUGCCUAA